CGUCCACACCAGACAAUAAAAGCAAGAGAUAGCUGACAGACGGCAGCUCAGGCUCAACAGCAUUCUUAAGGUGGUGGGCAACCGAAAAAUGACUGCGAAUUAAUUGUCAACAGCCCAGUAACCCGCCCGGGAGAAAUAUGGAUGUAUGGCCGCCGAAUUUGGAAUAGAGAUGUAGUUUCAAGGAUGUCACCCAUCUACAUCUCUCGUUUGUUCCUCUUUAUUUUUAUCACCGCGGUCUGGGAGGCGCGAGCCAAAUCUCUUCCAGAUCAAGGAGCACUUGAGGUCCAGAUCAGAGUUCAGGUGUUCGACAACAGUGACCUCUCACCUUUGGCCGGCGCCGCCAUAGAGGUUCAUGGGAACCGGUCUGUGUUAGCGUCCAGCCAGGCGGGCAGUGAUGGCGUGCUUAGGGUGACCUUCCUGUACCACCCGGGGACCUGGGUCAUCAUCUCAGCGUCCAAACACGACUAUGUCACCAACUCCGUCCCCUGGCACGCUAGCCGCAUCCCUCUGUAUGCAUCGGUCAGCUUGUACCUCCUAGUCCAGAGGCCAGGCACCCUCAUUCUCUAUGAUGACGUCAUCCAGGUGCUGCAUGGAUCCCCAGGUGCACGGAACCAGCCAUUGGUCCAGCUCCAGAGAAAGUCCCUUCAGCUGCCAGCUGAUUCCAACUACACAGCACUGUCGGCUGUGCUGACUACUGCCAGAAGCCAGUAUGAGAUCGGGGGCUUCCCUUACCUCCUGGGCCUGGAAACCAACAGCACAGGGGCAGAGACAGGAUGGACAGACUUAACAGCACUGGCGGUGGUCAGCGUUCAGCUCUUUGACCACGAUGGGACCGUCAUCCAGGUGUCUGACCCGGUUCACGUCUCCGUACCGCUGCCAUCAGAUACUCGCACCAGGAUCGCCACCAGCAUUCCCGCCUGGCUGUACCAGCCCAAGACGGGUCUGUGGGUCAGGAAUGGAACUGGCUACAUUAAAAAAGAGGGCACACAACUAAUCUGGAACGUGGUCGUUCCUCAGUUGGGGUAUUGGGUCGCAGCCUUCCCUUCAUCUGCAGGCGUGGGUCUGGGGGGUCACUCGGGCCUGAGGGACAUCACCACCUACCACACUCUGUUCCUGCUCUCCAUCCUGGGCUCGCUGGCACUGCUGGUGCUCAUCCUGCUCUGUGUGCUGCUCUACUACUGCAGACGGAAGUGUCUAAAACCACGGCGACAACAGGGCAAGCCACACACGGCUCUGAACAGCUCCAAGCGCGACCAGGGCACGUCCACUUCCCGCCUCAACCUCAUCUGUGGCGGCCAUGUUGAAUCCGGUCCAUCCAAUGACGCCAGCAAAUCUGACCCCUCCCCCUCACGAGACUACCAGAGCUCGCGAGAGGAGUUCGCCAAGCACGUCCCCGCCCACAAGCUGCGACAUUCGAAGGCGAAAGGAGCCUCGGGACCCCAGAGGGGUGAGAGCUUCCCUUUGAAGGUGACCCGUGCCACAGACACCAACAAUCUCGACAACCCCCUGCUACUGCAAGAAGACUACUCACGGAACUACAGCCCCAUCAUGGAGGACGACAAAGACUCGGAUUACCACAUACGCUGCCACACCGCCAACGACAAUCGCGGCUACACCUCAGACGGGGGCUCCCCACCUCGUUUCCUGUCGGACAAGUCAGACAAGCCUCCCGAAUACUCUGCGGCCGCCGCCGACCACCUGGCCCGCCCGACAUCGCUCAACACGCAACCGGGCCAGAUCAUCUUCUGCCACUCCAUGGACCAGAUGAAGGAAAACAUGUACCGAAGCAUGGUGCCCACCUUGGUCAUACCGGCCCACUACAUGCGUAUGUCCUCAGACUUCUCCGGGAAGGAGCAGCAGCAGGAUAAGGAAGGGGGAAUGCAGAUGGGUGCCGGUCAGUCACACCAUCCCCAGCAACAGAGCCAGCACCAGCAGCAGGGCGGCUCCCAAGGGGAUGACUCGGAGGGUCAAAACUGGAACUCGGACCCAUCCCAGGGCCCUGUGCGGAUCCCUGUGCUCUUUAACGACUCCACCAUGGCACAGAUGAAUGGCGAGCUGCAGGGGCUGACUGAGAAGAAGCUCCUGGAGCUGGGCAUUAAGCAGCACCCACGCGCCUGGUUCAUCUCAAUGGACGGCCGCGCCAACCACGUGCGCCAUUCUUACAUCGACGUGAGCAACGACCUCAGCAGCGGCGGAAUUGGAGGGGGAGGUGGUGGCCCCAGCUGCAGCACAAUCCGAGAAGCCAACCUCGAAGGACCCAUGGACGGCACCCAAGACCGCAAGGCUGCGGCAAUCCGUAAGGGUAAGGACGAACGGUGGGGAACUGGUGGACGGAAGGGUGGUGGCAGUAAGGGCAUGUCCAAGCUGGCAUACCAGGAGCACAGCGAGCCCAGCAGCAGCGAGGGCCGCCCGGUGUCGCCCGAGGAGAACUCCCUUACCCCACUGCUGGACGAGGGGCCCUCGUCGCGGGGCUCCACCAUCCCCCGGAGGGGCCGCAGCCGCAUGAACAGCGCGCGCAGCAGCAACAGUGAGAACCGUCGUGACUCCAUGACUAGCCCAGAGGACGACCCGGACAGCAAGGACGAGAACAAGAAGAGCCCGUGGCAGAAGAUUGAAGACCGGCCUCUCAUGGUGUUUCCCCCUAAAAAGUUGUAGGCUAACAUCUCAGGCCCCACUCAUAUGGAACAUAAAAGUUGGUCCAGUAGUCAGGGCAGUUAUACAGCCAUUUUGAGACACCUAAAGAAACAAUGGAGGAGUACCAUUUGACCGAAAGAAGAUCCUAGAAAAGCACAAGCCUGCUUGAUAAUCCGUCAAAUGGUACUAUUUUAAUGACAGCCUCUUUCUAUGGUUUUUGUGUUUCACAUUUUUUCGAUCACACUCCUAAUUCCCACCAUUGUUCUCCUUGUCUUUACAAAUCCAUUUUUGAGAUCGCUCUCAGUAAAUUCAACUCUGAGCCACUGACUUUGGAAAUAACCAUCUUAUGGAAAACCCAAUGGUUAUAUUUGGAGAGAAUUAACCUACAGUAUCUUGUUGCGACUGAAAUAAUUUGCCCAGUUUUGUGAAUGGACUUCUACAUGAGAAAGACAAGUUACUUCAAGGACAGGACUACCCUCUUCUCUCCUGGACUUGUGUACUACACAUUUUAUGAAGGCCAGGGUCAAUUCCAUUUCAGUUCAGUCAAUUCAGGAAGCAAACCGAAAUGUGUCAUUUACAUUUGCGCCCUGAAUUAAAAUGGAAUUGACCAAAAGCCUGAUAUGAGUUUUAGUGGUUGUAAUUCUGUCGCUUUGGUCAGCCUGCUUCCUGGACCAUAAGGAGAUACUGUAUCUCUGUGAAGACAUUAGCACACAUUAUCCCAAAGCAUAAAUGUGUGGAGAUUGUGGUUUCUUUCUUUAUGGUUUUCUAUUUGGAGGAUUUUUUAUGGAAUGAUAGUUAGUGUAAAAUAUCUGUUGAUCUCCAUUUGUCGUGUGUACAAUUAUGUACUUUUAAUGUGAAAUGUGCGUUACUCCUUCAGGGAAAUGUAUUUGCAAUUCUUUAUGUGUUUUAAUGAUUUAUUAUAAUACUGUAAGCCACUUAUCUGAGGUGGGAUCUCCUACAAUUUUGCACAGAUUUGUCGUCCUGUUACAUGCCACUGGCCAUUUUAUAUUUCGCUGGUUUUAUUUCAAAGAAAAAUCUGUUUUUGUGUUUGAAAUACCACGGUUGCUAUGGGAGAUCAUGCUGUCUCAAUGCAUUUGUAGGCCAAUUUCGAAACUGUAGAAUAACUGCAUUACCUAUAAUGCUCUACUCAACCAUCAAUAAACUUCUCCGUCCAUUGGACAACCCCUCUCUUACAAUCACCACCGACUUCUGUGACAGUUUUCUGGCCUUCAGGCUAUCUACCAACAGCUGCAGCAGUCUCACCCUUCAUCUGCCCCCCCACCCACUCACCCACCCCCGACUACCUGCCUUACAACCUGUGAACAGACUUAAUGUCCUCUCUUGUCAAUGAAACCACCAUUACUGAACUCUUGUCUAAAUCCAAAACCAAAGCUCUCUUGACCCAAUGCCCACUGUCUUAGUUAAGGCAUGCCUCCCUGUUCUCUGCCCCCUGGUGGUCAAGGUUGUAAAUGCAUCCCUUACAUCUGGCAUUGUUCUUACUCCUUUGAAAACAGUGUCUAACUCUCAUACUAAAGAAACAGGGCCUGGACCCUGAGAUCCUCACCAACUACAGGCCUAUCUCAAACCUACCCUUCCUCGCCAAACUGCUUGACUGGGUGGUAGCAUCACAAAUUCAACAAUACAUGGCCUCUCAUGAACUUUUCAAACCCCUCCAAUCGGACUUCUGGGCUAUGCAUAGCACUGAAACUUCCUAAUAGACAACAGUUUUGUCUCCCUUGGCAACUGGAGGUCUACCCAGCCCCUGUAUCACGAGGUGUCCCACAAGUCUCAGUGUUAGGUCCAUUACUGUUUAGUAUUUACAUGCUACUCCUUGGUCAGAUCCUCCGUCAAUUUGGAUUUCACUGUUAUGCAGACGACACACAAAUCUACAUCCACACAAAAUCCAACUCCGCUAUGCCACCCCCCUCUGUGGUUGACUGUCUGAAAACUUGGAUGAGCAAUAACUUUUAAAACUAAACGACGACAAAACCGAGAUCGCGACUGAUGGGCCCCAACUCCGUCAUCAAGAAACUGGGUCAAUUCAACAUGACAAUCAACUGCUGCACCAUCCACUCCAACUCCACAGUCAGGAUACACGGUGUUACAUUUGAACCCCACAUCCUUAACAUCACCAAGUCAGCCUAUUUUCCACCUCAAAAUCAUCUCAUGACUCAGACCCUCUCUCACUGACGCCACAACCCUCAUCCAUGCUUUUGUUUUAUCAUGCCUGGCCUACUGCAACGCCAUUCUCUACGGACUCCCCAACAAAACACUGGGCAAACUUCGAAAUUAAGCUGCACGGGUACUCACACACACCAGACCUUGGGACCACAUCACCCCCAACCUCAUCAAUCUCCACUGGCUCCCAGUUCAAUACUCAUGCUCACCUACAAAGCACUCAAUGGACUGGCGCCCACAUACGUUACUGACCUCCUGCACCCCUAAACUCCCACCUGACACUGGCCUCCUCACCAUCCCACGCACCAGGCUCCACUCCAUGUGAGACUGGGUUUUUAGCUGUGCAGCUCCUCAAGUCUGGAUCUCCCUCCCUCUCCAUGUCAGAACCGGACAAUCCAUACACAUAUGGAGUCCUCACUAAAUACACACCUCUUCAAACAGGCUUACCCGGAUUAUCUGUUGUUUUAGCUUUUAUCCUCUGUCUAGUUCACUUCCCUGGUUAAUCUGUCAUCGUGUUUAGUGUUCCCCAUGGUUAGUCUGUCCUUACGUUUAGUGUACUUUUAUAUACUUAAUUAUUUUAUGAUGUGAUUUUAAUGCUUUUUAUCCUGCUGAUCCUCGUGUGUAUGUAAAGUGACUUUGGGUGUUGUGAGAAGUGCUUCAAUAACAUUUAUUUUGUAUUAUUAUUAUAAUGCCCAUUGACUGAACAUUACAAAUGACUGUGGCAAUUAUGCAUCACAAUGCUACCAUGGCAAUUAUGCGUCACAAUAUGAAUUAUAUUUCUAUUGUGUAGGGCAGGCCAGUAACUUUUGCAACCAUCAUUGUAUUGUACCCCAAAAAAUAGGAGAGGGGAAUUCCACUUUCACAUAUAUUUUCUAGUUUUUAUUUAUACAGAUUAAAUUACAAGGGGAUACAGAGGUAACGAGGGGACAAGUUGGAAGGGUCAACCCGGGGAUUAAACCGGGGCUCUGGCGGGGAGUCACAUAUAAUAUGUCACACAAAGAGUGACAUUUUUCUUGAGCAAUUGGCAGUGAGCAAAAUAACCAUAACAUUUUAAAUAAACGGGAAGUUGCAAAUAGCUUUUUAGCAGCAUGAAUUUCUGCUUUGUAGGUGGGGUUAUUGAGUGAACAAUUCUGUGACGGUUGCAGUCCACAAAGAUAAAAUUGCAUUGAAUCAAAUUAAUCAGAUCUAUUGAUUUACCUCCUGUAGGGCGAGGGUGCCACCGGUGUAUUGUAUAUAGCUAUCAAAGAUGACGAUAACAAUUUGAAAUGUCGGUCAUGAUGCACAACCUUUCCUUUACUUCCAGGGUCUUCAUUCAUUUUGUGUAGUAGUGAUAAACUUGGCCAAAAUGUGAGACAUUUCUGCUUUUCUCCUGUGCCAUUUGGUUAUUUGCUUGCUGUAAAUAAUAUUUAGCUUUGAGAGUCUACCUUUUGGUUGAAGGUUGCAUGUAUGAAAUGAACAGAAGGCACCAAAAAAAGGCCAUGCAAAUCUGUACCACUUUUCUCCUGUAAGUGCCUUUUACAUAGGGUUAAGUGACUGGCAUGGAGGGCCUUUUCAAAAUGCAGCCCAAGAAGGUUUACAUCACCUAAGCUAGUCUUGUCAAAUGGACAGACACAAAAAUGGAAGCACACUGCGUUUAGUUAAGAACACACAUCUCUUCCUCGGGGGAAGAGCAUGCAUGCCAAAAUUGAUCAAUGACUCAUUUUGUGUUUAAUAUGUCCUUGUGUUCAUAGUUUCUUGUGUCUAUCCUUUCUCACCAAACGUGUAGACUAAGUGAUUGCUAUUUAUUGUUCAAGUUUGAUAAGUGACAAAUUCAGAGAACUAUAUAAGAUUGUGUGUAUAUGUACUGUAUGUGCAUGUAAUAUGUAGAGUAGGGUGUUUUUAAUGGAAAGUUUUUUUUGAUAAUAUCCAGAAUGUUGCUGGCACACAUGAAGUAUAUCAAAUUCUGUUGCCAAAUGUACACACACUUUAGAUGAAUUUCGCUCUACUCUUAAAAUUCACUUCCGGUCUUAAAUGUUUACAAGUACAAUAUACUGGCCAAUAUGCUCUCACUGUAGAUUGCAUCACAAUUGCCUAUGACACUUAACAACUGUGAAUCAUAUUUCUUACAGAUGUACAUGAAGAAAUGCAUAGCUACAGUACAAUACAGUCACAAAGAGUUGGUGCAGUAGAUCUAUAAAUGGAUGUAAUACCAUUGAGAGAGAUUGUAAAAAUAGACAAAAAGUUAUUAAAAAUGCGACAAUACGAGGGUAAAACAACAUUAUUUUGUUGCAGUACAUUUUUUUCUCUCUGUUAUAAAUGGGGAGGAAUUUGUUCCGUUUAUAUUGACAGUAGACUUUUAUGAAUUUCUUGUUUUUGCUAUUUUCAAAGUUCUGAAUAAUGUUGACUUAAAUGUAUAGUAUGGCUACCCUGACUCUGGAUGAAAAAUUGUAUAGCCCUAUUCUAAUGGAUUCCCAGGUCUAUUCUUGCCAAAUGAUGUAAUUUUUUUCGUACAAGCUGUCCAUAACCUUUUCCAAUGCAGUAAGACAAUGUGAUGUCGUGUUUGGUUGGUUGGUUACAAGAGGCAAAAUAAAUGUUCAGAAUCUCCCUACCUACUACUAGGCCGGAUAUGACAGCAUCUUGAUUUUAGAUUUGUUUAGUUUGAUACCAGACCUUGAAUUGAGCAAAAUUACAAAAAUAGAUGCGUUCAAGUUUUUCCCUAAGUUUUUUUUAUACGUUUUGUGAUAUCACAAUAUUACAAAAUCCAAAAAACAAACGUACACCUGUACACAAGUCUGAGUAAUGUCCUGCAAAUCUUACUUGUGGUUGUGAAUUCAAUAAAUGUCUGUUGGGGUCACCUAAUUUCCAUCCAAUACCCUGAUUGCACAAAAACACAUUAUUGUCACUCUUGUGUAUAAAGAGCAGCUGUAUAUUAAAAACAUCUUUGGGAGUAGAAGAGGACACAACACGUUGUAUAUUCUGUGUGAGAAAAAAAAACUGUCAGUUUGUAAACUGUAAAUCGAUUCUGUACAUGAGAUAAGAUUAGAAAUAAACUUGUUUGCGCUGUCUAACAA